AGAAUACUCGAAUCCAACGGCGGGAUAGACACCGGAAUUCACUUUGAAUUGAUUCUUGUUCAAUCUCAGAAAAAACAAAAAAACUAAUUCAGCAACACAAAUGGUUUUUGCCCACUUUACAAGAUCCUUUCUUCUUCUUCUUCUUGUCUUUGUUUCUCUUCGUUUUCCUCGCACGACUUCAUCAAGCUUGGAACCAGGAGUCAUUACUAUCGAUGUGAGCCAAGUCCACAAACUUCUUCAUUAUGGCUACACUUUUCUCGAUGUCAGAACCGUUGAAGAAUUCGAGAAAGGCCAUGUUGAUUCAGAGAAAGUCUUCAAUGUCCCCUACUGGUUCUAUACUCCACAGGGUCAAGAAAAUAAUCCAAAUUUCUUGAAACAUGUUUCAUGUCUCUUUAACCAAUCCGAUCGUAUCAUUGUGGGAUGCAAAUCUGGAGUUAGAUCUUUAUAUGCUACUAACGAUCUUGUUUCUUCCGGAUUCAAGAGUGUAAGAAACAUGGAUGGUGGUUAUAUUGCUUGGAUCGAGAAGAGAUUUCCAGUUAAAUUUGAACAAAAGGAACUCAAAAACGAUGAGCUAUAA